AUGAGUAUAGAAAUCACAAGGCAAGCAAAAGUAUUAAGUAAUGACAAUGAUCAGGUUAGAUUAGCUGUAAAGAGAAGAUUGAGUUAUCCUGACAAUAAUGUAACAAUCAAGCGUCAGAAAAAGUUUGAGCAUGAGAUAGAUUGUAACCGUCAAAUGAACCGUAGUAAUGAUGCGGAAGUUCUGAGUAUUAUCAUUACAUUGAACGAACAAUUUCCAAUUGCUUGGACCUUUGUUCCUGGUAUUAAUCAAUUGAUCGCCAUUCAAUUAGAUCGUGUCAAAUUAAAUGAGCGAAUAAGACUAAUAAUAAAUGAUGAUCAGUCUGUCUUGGUAACGUAUUCAGAGCAUUAUAAAAAAAAAAUUGACGUACAAAUAAAAUCUGUCAAUGAUUUAAUUAACUUUAUAAAGAGUAUGGAGUUGAAAACGUUAUGCACUGGGACAGGAUAUGAUUUAAAAAAUUUUUCAUUAAAAUGUCACGGUGAUGUGAGCGAUAUUUAUAAACGAAGCCAAGCAACACCACGAUGUCCUGAGUGUCGGAAACUUCGUGUGAGGUUGCUCAAAUUAAAAAAAGGCCAAAAUCUUAAUAUCGCGGACAAGGUAGAAGUGACUUCUAAAGCUAUCAAUUUAGGACUUGUUAAAAAAACAAAGCGCAUUAAGAAACAGCUACAAUCGUGUUCAUCAAAAUUACGUGAUAUCCAAAGGAAAACCAAAACCAUUUAUAAAGGUGAAUUUAAUAAAAAACUUUCUUUAUUACCGAAACAGCAGCAAAUAACAGUAAGGAUGUGUUUUGAGAAUGUUAAUAAAAAAGGCCCAACUGGUAAACGAUAUGAAGUAGAAUGGAUUUACGAAUGUCUUCUAAUUCGUAUGAAAAGUACGUGUACUUACAACAUGAUACGAGCAAGAAAUAUAAUACCUUGGCCAACGAUUGAUACAUUAUCAAAGUAUAUUGGAAAGAUAAGUUCGUCGAUUUUUGGAUUUCUGCCUGAGACUUUUGAAGUUCUUCGAAAAAAAGCAUCAUCAAUGGCUCCUGAAGAAAAAAUAGGUCAAAUAUCUGCUGAUGAGGUGAAGCUAAUGGAAAAUAUAGAGUACAACAAAAAAAUUGCUGAGUACAGUGGUUUUGUUGAUCUCGGAAAAUAUACAACUGAGUCUGAUAAAGAUGUUGCUGGAGAUCAUGCUCUUGUUUUUAUGUUUGUACCAUAUCGGGGUAGUUCUGCUCAACCUCUGGGAUGUUUCAUAACUAAAAAUUCAAUUACGAGUGAAGUUCUUCAUAAAUUAUUUUUAGAGUGUAUUAUCCUUGUUGAAAAUGCUGGUUUUCACGUAAAUUUGAUAGUAACUGAUGCUGCUCAAUGGAAUAGAGGUGUUUGGACGAAAUUAGGAGUCGGACCUAAUAACAACAGUUGUGAGCAUCCAUGUGACUCUAGUUGUAGAUUAUGGUUAUAUUCACGGGAAGUUCGUUGCGCAAUGACGGUAUUAAGAGAAAAUGGCAAUGAAAAAUUUGAAGGAUCAGAACCGACUGAAAAAUUUAUUAAAAUUAUUGAUGAUGGUAUUCAAGCAAUGACUUCCCAUGAUGCUAAAAAUGCUCUGUAUUUUAAAGAUACUUGUGAACAGCAACAGGCAAUUCGGACUUUAUUGAAGUUUUUAGAAGAUUGGGAAAAAAUGUAUACUCACACGAAAACUCCUAAUGCUUCUACUCCAAAGAAUUCCACUCCAAAAAAUACAGUUUCUAAGAAAAUCACUCCUAGACAAUCCAUAUCAAAAAAUUCAACUUUAAAUCAAGUAAUUCCACAAAAUACAAUCUCAAAAAAAGCAACUCCUAAAUCCACAUCAAAAAAAAAUUCUUUUCCAAUAUCUGCUAGCACUAUAUCCGGUUUUAAAGUCACCUUACGAGCAGCACUACAAAUCUUAUCAGAGUUACACCAUAACUAUGGAUAUGACUAUCUCAUAACAUCACGUUUGACUCAAGACAAUCUCGAGAGAUUAUUUUCAAUUAUGAGAUAUUCUUGUGGUGCCAAUGAUCACCCAACACCCCAGCAGUUUGGUCAAGUUUUCCGAUUAUAUUGCUGCAAUACCAUGAUUAAGCCUCCAAAAGGCUCAAAUGUCACUGGAGUUGAACUGCUUCAAACUCUGAUGAAAACAGAAGAUUCGCUAAAAAUGUCUCGUCAACCACGAAUGGAGUGGUUAGAAAAAAUUGACAAGAUGCUGGAAAGGGCUGUACCAAUUGGUGAUAUUUGGAACGAUAAUUCAUCCAACGAUGCAAAUGAAAGUUCUGUAAGUUCGAUUGAUUUAAACGCCUCUGAAUCAUUAACUACUGAACCAACAUCGAGGAUUCAAACAACUCUAGAGUCCCUCGAACAUCAUGAUUAUGAUGUUGUGUCUACUAGUCGAGAAGUUCAAGCGUAUAUGGCUGGGUAUAUCGUAAGAAAAAUGAAAUAUAAAUGUAAGUGCUCAUCAUGCUUCUAUACUCUUCAAUCAUCUAACGAUGAACCGAAUUGUCGUGAUCGGUUUAUUGACUUGAUGGAAAAAUAUGGAGGACUAUCAAGGGCUUCUGACAAUUUAUUUCAACUCACCAUGCAAUUAGAAGCUGCUUUUUUAGAUGUUGUUGGCAGAGUAGGGUUAAGCCGUGGCACAAUAAAUAAAAUAUUGGAUAGAAUUGAAAGUAUGCUACCACAAUUAUCGUUUGUUGGAUGUGGGAUCCAUCAGCUCGAAAUAACGAAAGAUAUCAUCGAUUUUUAUAUAACUAUGCGACUAUAUUUUCUGGGUAAAACUUUCAACAAAAGGAAUCAAUUAAAAAGAGAAAAAAUGAAAACUUAA